GCCUCUAGUUGGCAUGGCCAGUUCUGUCAUGCGGAGGGCAUCACCCAGUCGUACACCCGGCCGGACUCCCCACACCAGAAUGGGUUCGCUCAACGACGCAGCGGUUUGGUCACGGAGGUGGCUCGUACUUCCAUGAUCCAUUCCAGUGCACCCCAUUUUCUGUGGUCGUUCGCUGUUCGCUACGCCGCUCACCAGCUUAACCUCUGGCCGCACUCCCAGCGGCCACAUGUUUUGCCGACCCUUCUUUGGACCGGGCUCUCUGGUGACGCGUCUGCGUUCCACGUUUGGGGCUGCCUUGCUCACGUUCGAGCCUCUGGCACGGACAAGCUCACUGCUUGCACUGUUCCCUCUGUCUUCCUUGGUUUCCCGCUUGACACGUCUGACAGGCACUUUUACCACCUGCCUUCUCACCGCUUCUUGCACUCGUGUGACGUCAUUUUUGACGAGUCUGUCUCCUUCUACCACCGCUUUCCCCACCGAGGUCUCCCGGUAUCACCGCCCCUGUUUUUUGUUCCCACUCCCCCAGUAGCCCCUGCCCCUCCCCCUCCCUGUCCUGCCCUAUCUGGUGUGUCGCACGUCACUCCCCUCCCGUCGCUUGUCCCGGUUGAAGAGUCGGCUGACUCCUGGCGUUGGUUUCACCGCCUGCCUCUGCCCCAGUGUCCCCUCCUCCGCUGCCGCUGCCGCCGCAGCAGCAGCAGCCGUCGCCGCCGUCUCCACCGCAGCCGCAGCAGCCGCCGGGGUUCGCGAGUUCUGGGGGUGCGGUCGUUAGGGAGGGUGCUAGUCCUAGGGUUACUGGCGUGGCUUGUCUCGGUGGUCUCGGGGGUGGCACCGGUGCUGGAGAGGUUUCUCGUUCUGCGGGUGUUGGAGUGGAGUGUCCUGGAGGUAGCCGUUGUGCAGCUGGAGGUUCAGGUGUCGGCGUGAAAUAGCAGUAGCAGCCAUAGUCGCCGCGAGUGUCCACCCUUCGCCUCCUCGGUCUUCCCUACCCUAAUUCCCCACCUGCGCCUCUCCUACCGCCACCUCCCCUGCCUGUUCACGACCCUGUUUUUCCUCCGCCAACCUCGUCUCCGGCUCAUUUCUCCCCUUGUUCUGCUCAUGUGUCUCCUCCCCUGUCUCCUGACCCGACGCUCCCGUCUCACGUAUGGUCUCGCCGUCCCUCCCGUGCUCGUCUGGCCUCUUCUGUUCAGCGCUCCCACACUAUAUUACUUCGCUCCCACCCAUCUCGUCCUCCCCUCCUCCGAUCGCCUCUUUCGUCGUCGCUUGUUGUCGCUCCGCAUCCUUUGUCUCAUCACUUCGUGCUCCUAGUCCUCUUGUUCCUCGUGUCUUGGCCUCCCUUGUUACCGACCCGGCUGUUCCUGUCUCGAGCCUUGACGCGCUUGUCGCUGCCGUCGCUGACUUCGCCUCUACCCGUCACCUUGACAAUGCCACCACUGUGGUCUCUGACCCUGUCCGUCCUCCGUCCGUCAGAGGUGCUCCUGCCCUUGGCAGUGACGUCCAAGAGGACCGGUAGUAGGAGCUCGCUUUGUUGUCCGAGGCCGCGCCUCAACUCUGCUCAGUGCUGCUAGUCCCUGAGGGAGACCAAGACGACUUUGUCAUCCUGACCGCUCACACUUACGCGGAGGCGACCUUGGGACUCUCUGCCUCUCAGUGGAUAGUUUCCAUGGACGCGGACAUGGCAUCUUGGAGAUCCACCAGCAUCUACGUCGACGCAGUUCCCUCACCUUGGGUGAAUGUAGUCGAUGGCCGGUGGCUCUUCAAGGUGAAGCGCCCUCCCGGAGAGCCGCCGGUGUUCAAGACGCGCUAUGUUGCUAGAGGCUUUAAUCAGUGCGAGGCUGUUGACUUCUUCCAGACCUUCGCCCCGACCCUAAAGAUGAAUACUCUUCGUGCGCUACUACACGUAGCUCCACAACGUGACUACGAGCUGCACUCACUUGACUUCUCCACAGCGUUUCUUCAAGGUGUACCUGCGUCGCUUGCCAGGCUUCACUGGCACCUUCGUCCCAGGGACCCAAUGGCUCCUCCGACGUCCGGUUUAUGGCCUGCGGCAGGCGCCGCGCGAGUGGCACGACACGCUGUGUGCUACACUUGCUGACCUCCAAUUCUUUCCCUCGUCUGCAGACCCUUCACUGUUCGUUUGUGCUGGCCAGACCUCGUUCUACAUCAUGGUCUACGUAGACGACCUGGUCUUUGCUUCUGCAGACUGAGACGCACUGGCCACCGUGAAGGCUGAGCUGCUGAGGAGACACACCUGCACUGACCUGGGAGAGCUACGCCGCUACCUUCUGGGUACAGAGCAGCGCGCACCAUCUCUCUGAUUUCAAAGGUUCGGCUUCUGGUCUCCUCUGCACAGCCCACACCAAUGCAAGUAGAUUACAGGCUCUCUGCUCCAGUCCCUGAGGAGUCUAUAGAGCCUAGUGGUCCUUACACAAAACUCGUGGGGUGCCUCAUUUACCUGAUGACUUGCAUUCGUCCAGAUCUCGCAUACCCCCUCAGCAUCCUGGCUUGCUUUGUGGCCACAGGCAGACAUCGACCGCUAAGAGGGUUUUGCGUUAUCUAGCAAGUACAUCGGGCAUUGGGCUAGUGCUAGGAGGACAAAGGCCGGUGGUCCUUACUGGGCACACUAACGCUUUGUGGGCACACGACGCUGAGACACUCAGGUCCUCCCAGGGCUACAGCUAUAGCCUUGGUGCAGGAGCUGUCUCGUGGCGGUCCACUCGUUCGUCGUCUGUUGCCCAGUCUAGCUGUGAGGGUGAGAUCUACACAGGUGCCAUGGCGGCACAGGAGCUCCACUAGUUGACCUUCUUGCUCACAGACUUAGGUGAGCGGCGUAGCUCUGCCUCGGUCCUGUACGCUGACAACAGUGCCAUGAUCCUCCUAUGUCAAGAGCCUCGACUGGAGGGCAGAGCGAAGCACAUCCAGCUGUGGUACUUCCUCCUGCGCAAGCCGCAGCAGCGUUGCCAGGCCCGCGUAGUACACUUGGCAUCCGAUGCUAACACAGCUGAUAUCUUUACGAAGGCGCUUGCGCCUAAAGAUCAUCAGAGGCACUGUUCACAGCUUGGUCUAGUUCCUGUAGCUUCUCACUUGCUUGGUCCUUGAUUGUGUACUCCUUUUAUAUUAUCUUGACAAGCCUUGUGGCCCUGUUCCAGUGGUUGGACUAGUAGUGCCGCCUUGGAUUACACUUGUUUCGUCUGUACUCAUGCUGACUGGUCUUCGGACCCUUACCCCAGA